ACACCUUGAUUUCAAAUUCAACGGUUGUUUACGUUCAGUUGCACCGUGGUGAAAAUAUCGUUCGCCGCGCAAAAUAGUGUACGUUGCCGUUGCAAAAUUGCGUUAAUAUGGGCGUAAAAGAUUUGUGGAAUCUGCUGACCCCUCACAUGGAACGGAAGCCACUUUUCGAGCUGAGCAAUAAAGUGGUGGCGAUCGAUCUUUCCGGAUGGGUGUGCGAAAGUUUGAACGUUGUCGAUUACUUUGUGCAUCCCCGGUUCUAUCUCAGGAACUUAUUCUUUCGCACGUGCUAUCUACUGCAAACCGGCAUUACACCCGUCUUCGUGCUGGAAGGUACCGCACCGCCGUUAAAGUACGGUGUGAUCGUUAAGCGCAAUCAGCAGACGCAGUUUCGUGGCGUUCGCCCAAAAAAGAUUGCAAACUGUGAUAAAGCGACAUCCGCCAGUACGGUUGCUGCCGAAAAGCCUGGUAAACCGGCGGAACAGAAACGGAACCGAUUUCACCAUGUGCUAAAGCAAUGCGAGGAGCUGCUGAGCGCGAUGGGUCUGGUGUGUGUGCAAGCGCCGGGAGAAGCGGAAGCGCUGUGCGCCUACCUCAAUCGCGACGAUCUCAUCUACGGUGUGAUCAGCCAGGAUUCCGAUUGCUUUGCGUACGGCGCGGUACGUGUGUUUCGCAACUUUGCCGCUUCCCAAAACGGUGGUUCGGUGGAGAUUUACGAUUUGAGUCGGCUCGAUGGUAGUUCGCUUCGAUUGGGACAGGAAAAGAUCGUUGCCAUGGCACUGCUGUCCGGGUGCGACUACUGUCCGGCCGGUGUGAUGGGUGUGGGCAGGGAAAUGGUUACACGAUUCAUCAGCUGUUACAGCGAUAGUGAAAUUUUGCCCAAAAUGCGCUCCUGGCGUAAAACGGCCAACCGGCUGACGGAACUAGAAAUUCGUGCGGAAGAUAAAAACAUCUGCACCGACUGUGGACACGUGGGCAAGCAGCUGCAGCAUCGUAAAGCCGGCUGUCUGGACUGCAGAACGAAGCCCGGAUGCAACGAGUCGCGCUGGAAGCAGCAACGUUGUAACAUUAAAACAGAGCUAGACAUUAAACGGCGGGCGCUGAAAGAUCCGGACUUUCCACACGAACCGAUUAUAGACGAGUUUCUGACGAGACCCUGCGAACUGCCGGCGCUGGAUUUAUCGUGGCGGCAACCAAAUUUGGUAAAAUUCAUCAAAAGCAUGUCCGCCUAUCUGCAGUGGAACGAGUUGUACUGCUUCCAGAAGCUACUGCCACUCUUCACCCGUUGGCAGGUGUACGUGAAGAAGCAUCCGCCGGCUAAACGCUGCAACGUGUACCUCGAACCGGAUCACAUUAAGAAAAAGCGAUCGCCCAAAGGCAUCGCUAGCUAUGAAAUUGUGUGGAAAGAUGCACAAAACAUGUUCGGCGGUUUAAUCCCACAGGAACAAAUAGAUGCCUAUCUGGCGGAAGCGGGCAACUCGCUCGAAAGUUUGUGGAGCACGAUCGAACCACACGACCUGGUGCAGGAAGCGUAUCCGGAGCUAGUUGAUGCGUUUCUAGCAAGCAAAGCAAAACCAAGUAGAAAGAAGAAAGCAACCACCAACACUGACGAGCAAGAUAAACCGAAAAGGAAAGCAGCGACUGUUAGAAAGGACAAGGGUCAAGUUCCGCUGCGAGAGUUCCUUGCCAAAGUAAACGGCAAGAAGGAAACGCCAGCGAAUGUGGAACGCAGUGGCGGUAGUGAUUGUGAAAAUCAGCCAAAUCUGCUUAAUCAUCAAUCGUCCGAGGAAGAGAUGGAGUCGGUUGAUCAUUUCCUGAAUUUUACCGCCGAACUGGAAGCGAUCGCCGGCGACCAUUCUGCAAACGAUACCUUCAAUUCGUCCGCCUUGAUUGACCGUUUAUGCCGUCCGGACUAUCUGCAGCAAGCGCUGGCAGAGUACAUGCAGAUAAUCGAAACGGAAAAGAGGAGUGUCGCGUUGCAGCAGCUACUAUCUCAGAGUGCUGCGCAGUUGCCAUCCGUCGAUCCGGCAGACGAUGACGAUAGUAACGUGCAGCAUAGGAUUGUGCUGAAACGAGACAUACUCAACGCAUCCAUUGGCGGUGGAGGCCAGCAGCUGAACCAAUCGGUAGCUCAGGUCGCGAGUAAAAAGAAGCGCAUGAGUUUCUUCUUCGAACCGCUGGACAUUCCACCACCGGACCAGCAAGACAACGAGGAUCUCGAUGCGGACCAGAUGGACAUGUUCGAAUGUUCACUGAUGCUGAAGGAUCAAAUCGUGGUAGGUCCGUGCGACCCCGGCGACAGUGAUAUUAACCAAACAAUCAUCUACGAUAUCGAUUUUUAGUACUGCUGCUGUGUUGAUUAAUGUUUAAGUCUAUUUACCUUCCACUUCAUGUUCGUUACGGUCCACGGCGAAAUACACAAAUCUACUUCGGAUCGUGCGGCAACUUAAAGCCAA